CGAACAUGAUGCAUGACGAUGCGGUCGAAGCGAUGGCCGAUCUGUCCGUCCACGCGCAUGAGUUGCUCAAGGAAGCCGCCAAGUGGACGAGCGCAGUGACCGUGACGUUGAGCAAGCUGCGCGCUGCCUCGGCAAGCUCACGUCAACAAGGUUCCAAUGACGUGACAGCAGAAGGAACAAGAACCGACUCGCUCGAGCUCGAAAACGCGGCGCUGCGUGAGCGCAAUGCCCUACUCACCGAAUCGAUGCGUAUGAUCGAGGCACGCGUGCAACGUGAAGUAGCGAGGACAUCCAGGCUGGCGGCCGCACACCAUAAACUAUCUGUCAAGUACAUGCGGGCAAAACAGGAGCGCAACACUGCUGUCGUGCGCUUUUGGAACUGGGUCGCUGGUCAAGUCAGUGUUGUUGGCCUAGAACACGUGGCCGCGCUUAUCGAGGCAUGGGAGCAAGAGUGCAGAUGGACGUGUCGGGCCACCUGCGCGCCGUCCGUUCGCUUAGACGAGUUCAAGACGUCCACUGGGGUUUUUGCGUUGACGACUGCACCUGCGACCGCCCCAGCCUCGCUCCCGAUUCCCGAAUGGCAGCCUUUUGAAACAGAUGACGACGAAGCUGACAGUAACGAGUCGGGCGACGAUCGAGGGCAGCCAGAUGAUGAGAAGAAUGAUGACGUUGAUCCUGAACCGACGCCUGACCCUCCGACCUCACACGGUGCUAGGACAUCAGAAAAAGGAGAGGCUGACUCGCACAAGCGAAACCACCUUGACGAAACUACCGCGGAGGUUGCGCCAACGAAGCGCCACUGCUCGGACGCCACUGCGGCGGCAAUGCAGCCCAUGCAGACGAAAAUCAACAAUGCGCCGCUGUAUCUAGGACCCAGCGCUGUGGAUCGCUCAGAUAGCGGACCAUCACAACUUUCUCUGGCGCAGAUCACCGAACUGCCGGCCUUGGAGAAGGCACAACCCCCCAUCGUGUCCCCAGCGCCGGUCCAGCCAGCUCCAGUGCCACCCACAACAAUGCAACAAGUCUCUGCCACGCCCCAAGCCCCCGACACUCAAGUUUGUACAUCACACGAAGCGUUGGGCGCUCCAUUCCCUUCCGCAGCAACUUCCUUUGCUUCUCCUCCUGGCUGCGUUGUGACGACAGCCACCGGCGGCCUCAGUCCCCCUCGUUCCACUGCUAUCGAAUACGAUGCAGCUCCAGCACUAACGAGCGCACCAGAAGCAUCGCUGGUCGUCCCAAAAUCUCCGGCGCCCCAACGCGCAAAGUCGGUGAAAUUUGCAAUUCCCGCAGCGUUGCCUCCUUCGUCCAGCGGCCGAUUAGCUCCGGCAUCAAACCAAGCUCCAGCCAUGACAACGCCGCAAAACCCAGCAAGUGCUGAGGCGGUCUCUCCAUCGAAAAAACGAAGUGGUUCAAAUGUGAAAGCAUUUGCGUUUCAAACUCAUGCCACAACUCAAGCAUCGGCGACUGGAAGAAGGGCGUCGCUUGGUUCGUCUCCCAUCGCGAAUCCAGCCCGCUCCAUACGUCGCCAAGUCCCUGCGACCUGUCCUGGCAGCAUCACGGCGAUGCUGGCGGCCAUUCGAGAGACCAAACCGUGGCUCAAGUACAUGGCGGUGGCGUCCUUUCUGCCUGACGUUGACCCGAUGCGCUCCGACAGGGCCACCACCAUUGCCCACACAUUCAACCGAUGCUUGCGAGACUUUUGGACGAAAUCGGCGGCGUUGCUGUGGGAGUGUCGGUUCUCGUGGGCGCCAAACACUGUGGCGCUGGACGCGUUGGGCGACAAUGUGAUUCUGUUGAUGGGGCAGUUCCAGCGCUUGGUCGAGUCGUCCGAGUACGGGAACGAGUUGGUCGAAUUCGUCGGGGCAUAUCCGCACCCUGCCUGGCCCGUCAUGACAAGCUCGUUUAUGCCACUGAAUGCCAUUUACCGCAUGCAUGGCAAGAAGGCUGUCCUAUCGUUUUUGCAGACCCAAGGCCACAAGAUGUGGCCAGAGUAUCCACCAAUCCAGCAAGUCGAGUUGUCGGCGCCGCCGAUCCCUGUUCGCCGCCGCCACUCGACUGCAACCACGACCCUGGACAUGACGCUUCCUGCCUCUAUCGAAUGGAGGUGUGCAUUUGGAGCUACGUUCUCGUACGCCGCGAACCGCACGCUGACCACGAAUCAGCUGGACGCUUUGUCACACCUGGGGCUUCGUGAAGACCCCACGGCGUCCUUUCGCCGCAUGGUCAACACAGUCAAAGCUUUUGUCAAAGACAAGUUCCCCCACCCUUCGUCUCCCUACCCGUUCGUGACGGUGACCGUGGAAGGCCAUCCUAUCGGGCCACAGUGGACCCAUGGAAUUCACUGCCCCCCGACGAAGUUCGCCCACACUGUGCCUGCAGGUUGGACACAUCCCCAGCACUUGACAAACUUGCUCCUUCGCCUUGUCGACGACGAUAGCAGCGACGACGACGUGGACAGAAGCCAUGGCGUGGCCCCGAACCAGCGAAAGAAAGGAACCAGCACGAGGACAGCGAUUGCGAUCGAAAACUCCUCCGACAGCAGUGACGGUGACAGUGACGAUGGCAGUAGUACCAGUUCCCCGUCGACCAGCGAGAGCGACUGUUAGCCCGGAAAAACGGCGACACCCCCAAAAGAAGCGACCACCUCUAUAACAUUUUUGACCAAUUGGAGUGCAGAUACAAUAACAACUGUGAUUGACUGACAGA